AUGGUGAUGCAAGCCCAGGCCGUGACAGCCUCUGCCCUGGUGUAUUUCAUCCAGCUUCCUCGGGCAAGAUGUGAGGAGAACUGUGUGAGUCCUGAACAUUGCCUGACCACAGAUUGGGUACAUCUCUGGUAUAUAUGGUUGCUGGUGGUCAUUGGCGGGCUGCUGCUUCUGUGUGGCCUGACUUCUGUGUGCUUCCGCUGCUGUCUGAGUCGCCAGCAAAACGGGGAAGAGGAGGGCCGGCCUCCCUAUGAAGUGACAGUCCUGGCUUUUGAUCAUGACAGCACUCUCCAGAGCACUAUCACUUCCUUGCAGUCGGUAUUUGGCCCUGCAGCUCGAAGAAUCCUGGCUGUGGCUCACUCCCACAGCCCCCUGGGCCAACUGCCUCCCUCUUUGGACACCCUCCCAGGGUAUGAAGAAGCUCUUCACAUGAGUCGCUUCACCGUUGCAAGGUGUUGGCCAAAAACACCUGACCUUCCCCCAGUACCAGAAGAAAAGCAGCUGUCUCCAGUGGACGAGUCUCCUCGAGCAGGACCCUCUUCCAACUGAUGGGAAUUCUGAUUUUAUAAAUGGGGUGGGGGGAUCCCCAGCGUAGCCACAGAGAGACAAUGGGACAUUUUUUCCCCCUAACUUUUGGAAGAUUUAGGAUGACGACUAUACAUUAUUCAGUGGGAAGGAUGGCUUCCCACUCUUUGUUUCCAGCCACGUGUAUUUUCUAACACGGAACGCUCUAACUGGGAACUCUAAUUCUUUAUCCAGUGGCCAGAAUUUGCAACUAACCUCUAGCAAUGCUGACUACUCCUGAACCAAGAAAGCAUCAAAAGUACCUUGAAUGCCUAUAGCUAUUGAGUUCCUUUGCCUAUGGGAUACUGCAGGUGGUUUUUCUUUCUGCCAGCUGUAACACAAGAGUAGAUUGUGGUACAUUUGAGGAGAAAGAGAAGAGUGUAGGCACAGCCAUAGACAUGAAUGCACUGAAGCCGUGAAUUCUUCCUCUUGAGAGAACAUUCACUUUUCUACUGAAUGCCAGUGACACUCUUGGCGUCAUAAUACCUAAUACCUAAGUGGACCCAGGUAAUCGUAAUACCUAAGUGGACAUUCAGGAUCCAGGGGUAGGAUUGCAGACACGGGCUAAGGGAACAGAGUACAUACGGUAUCCAAGUGCCAAAUAUCAAGGUCUUUCCUUCACCCUGGUCCUAAUCUCUAGCAGUAUGAGAAACUUCAUGGAGUGCAGUAACACUUUCUAUUAAUUUCUCAGUGUUUCUGCCUUGCAAACACAUGCACGCACACGCGCGCUCGAGCACGCCUGCACAGACACUCGCAGUCUUUUCUCUAAAAGAAUGGCAUUGUUUCGCUUUUCUCUUUCUGGCUGACCCCUUAAAGCCAGGUUAUCUAUAGUGACCCACACUAGUCUCUAGGAGUGGCCUUCACUGCCACCUCGUGGCCAUGGUAGAAAAUGUCGUCUCCUAUUUGAGCCGAUCUGCACCCCUCUCCAGUUCUUGGAGUAACUAACUGAACUCAGCCAGGAUGGCAUCCUGACGUGUCGUGCUAAGCUGUCCGCCUGAAAUACUACUGGACAAUUGGGGAUAUGAUGUAUUGUUACUGGACAACUGAGAAAGUAAAGUGUAUUGGGGAAAAACUACUUGGCAGUGACCUUAGAUAUUUCAUUGAAAAUCUUUAAAGGAGUUUCCUCAUCUGUAAAAUCGGGGAUAAUAACACCUCCAAGGAUUGUUGCGAGGCUCAAAUAAGCUAGAUACAAAUGACAAGAUUUGUAAAGUAUUAUGCACAUGGAUUUGUCGCUCUUGAUAUUGACAUCUAAUUUUCACCUGGCUACUAUGAUUCUGAGAAUUGUGCUCUCGUUUGUUCUUUGGCCACCCAGCUUGUUAGGUUACCGCUAAGUCACGCUGGAAGUCACUUUUAUUCGUCAAUAAAUAUCUGUCGAUUGAG